AUGAUCGAUUACGACAACUUCACCGAGAACCAGUACUUAGGUCCCGCGCCAGAAAACCUCACCUACCUCUUGUCGAACUGCAGCGGGUGCGGGUCCCGGAUGCGGGCCCCGUCGGGGGGUCCUCCCCCUUACUCGGAGCUGCCCCCCUACAUCCGGGUGUCGGCCACCACGGUGUGCGCCAUCAUCCUGACUCUGGGCACCGCUGGGAACGUCCUGGUGGCCACUGUGGUGUGCAAGACGAAGGAACUGCGCAACUCAACCAACCUGUUCCUCAUCAACCUGAGCUUGGCGGACUUGCUGGUGUUACUGGUAUGCGUUCCAACCGUCCUGGUGGAACUGUAUUCUAUGCCGGAGGUGUGGAUACUCGGAGAAGGAAUGUGCAAGGCCGUGCCGUACGUGGAGCUAACUGCGGCCCAUGGUUCAAUCCUGACCAUCCUGGCCAUCAGCUUCGAGCGCUACUACGCCAUCUGUGAGCCGCUCAAGGCGGGUUACACCUGUACGCAAGUUCGCGCCCUUGCCAUCAUAGGGGGCGUUUGGGCGGCAGCUGCCCUUCUCACAGCGCCCGUCCUGCUCACCCUGGAGUACCGACGGGCCGAGUACAUCGACGGGACCCUGGUUCCCGUCUGUCUUCAAAUGGUCCGGGAACCCUGGCAGCGGUUCUACUACCUAGGAGUGUGCAUCGCGUUGCUCUUCGCACUACCACUGCUCGUGCUGCUUGUGGUCUACUGCCACAUAGGGAGGCACCUGGUGCUGAGGGGUGCCCGGCCGCCCUCUUCUUCAAGCGAAGAGAGUCAGAUGAGGGCGCGCAGACAAGUGGUUUGCAUGCUGGUUGCCGUGGUGCUCAGCUUCUUCGUCUGCCUCAUGCCCUUCAGGAUCUUCACAGUGUGGAUCAUCAUCACUUCCCCUGAGGACGUCGCAUCCAUUGGCAUGGAGAACUACUACAGCCUGCUCUACUUCUGCCGCCUCCUCCUCUACGCGAACUCGGCCCUCAACCCCAUCCUCUACAACGUCAUAUCCUCGAAGUUCCGGAAUUCGGUUAUCCGGCUCCUCCGGUGUUCCGCGCCCGUCUUGCUGUCCAGGAAGGUGACGAAGGGCACCACCACAUCCAGCACGGCGACCUCUGGCGGCAGUGUCAAGAAGGAGUGUCUGCUGGCGCAGCACCCCUCAAAUCGGACGAAUCAGCACCUGCACUCCAAGUGGAGUAGAGGCUCUAAGUGUAGUCAUCAAUCACUCUUUGGCGAUAAAGUUCCAGAGCCAGAAAAUGUGUAA